ACAACAAAAAUGACGACUCGAAUUGAUUAUCAUGAGUUGGAGGAAGAAAAAAAGCUUGGUGAAGGAUCUUUUGGUAUUGUGUACAAAGGGAUGUACAGAGGAAAUGUUGUUGCAAUUAAAAAGAUGAAACAAAUGAGUGAAAGUGACACUGCACAAAUGUUGAAAGAGUUUGAGAAGGAAGUUGAUAUGCUUGACAAAUUUCGAAGUGACUAUAUAGUCCACUUCUAUGGAGCUGUAUUCGUACCAAAGAAAAUAUGUAUGGUCACUGAACUUGCGCCGUAUGGAAGUUUGAAUGACUUAAUGAAACAUAAAAAGAGUGAAAAUAUCACAAAGAAAAUGCGAGUUAAAUUUAUGAUGGAUGCAUCUAAAGGAAUAUUGUAUUUGCAUGAGAAUGGGAUAUUACACAGAGACAUUAAACCAGAUAAUAUCUUAAUUGUGUCACUUGAUUUUAACACAAAAGUCUUUGGUAAACUGACUGAUUUUGGAUCAUCAAGAAAUAUCAAUUUGUUAACGACUAACAUGACAUUCACUAAAGGUAUUGGUACACCAGUGUACAUGGCGCCUGAAGUCUUACAACAAGAAAGAUACACAAAAAGUGCAGAUGUUUAUUCACUUGGUAUUACAAUGUUUGAGGCAUUCACUUGGCAAGAAGCUUAUCCAAAGGAACAAUUCAGAUUUCCAUGGAAAAUUGCGGAGUAUGUCACACAUGGGAAACAUCCAAGAAAAAGAUCAAGUAUCACAAAAGAAGAGUACGAUUUAAUCCAAGAUUGUUGGACCUUUAGAAAAGAAAAGAGAAUCAAAUGUGAAUCGGAAAACGUUGUCCUUAGCUUUUUGGUCAAUGAAAAUCGGAAAUUAUCGGGAUCAUGUUCGAAAUAUAAAAAAAUAGUUGUUUCAGUUUAUUUUUUCAAAUUUUUUUCAAUUUUUUUCAAAUUUUUUCAAUUUUUACCUAAUUCCCGGUAUUUUAAACAAUUAUUUGUGUAUAAAUUGAUGAAAAGGACAACAAUUUUAAUUUGGAAUUGCCGAAUUAUUUUUGUUUUUUUCUUUUUUUUAACCAAUCAAAUAAAAGCAAUAAAUCGAAUCCAAAAGAGGAAAAUCAUUAAAAAAUUAAUUAUUAUCCUCGUAAAAACAGGCCAAAACAAAAACAAGGGCUUUAUUUUAAGUGUUAAUGAAUUAAAAAAUAAUGAUUUGAUUGUUAAACUAAAAAAUAUCACUUGGUAUUAUUAA